GUCCCUGUGGCGUUCAACGACGCUUCGUUCAACUUCUCUGAGGAGGAGUGGAAGAGCCUGAACGAGUGGCAGAAGGAGCUUUACAGGCACAUCAUGAAAGGCAACUACGAGGCCGUCAUCUCGAUGGACGCUGCCAUUUCGAAGCCUGACCUCCUGUCGCGCAUCGAGCAAGGAGAGGAUCCCAACGUGGAGGAUCAGGAUGACUCGGAGGGAGGAGAAAGCCCUACAGACCCCAGCACCGAGUUUUCCUUCCCCGGUCCCGACGACAGCUCGUGGUGUAAAUACGAUGAGACUCUGGCUGAAAGCCACGAGGGCUCUGAAGAAGAGGAGAGCAUGGAGGUCCCCAGUACAU